AUGGCCAUAUUCUCGGACGCCAGAGCCGAAGACACUAGACCUAUUAAGAGUACGACUGGGGCCGAUAUUAGUCUUGCCGCGAGAACCAACGCUCUUACCUCCCCAACUUCAGGACUUGCACCAACCUUCUUGCAAGCCAACCUGGUCAUUCUUCCAUCUCGAUACGCUUCCGACUUUCGCCUCCUCUGUGCCAGAAACCCAGUACCAUGUCCACUGAUUGCCGAGUCAAUAUCGAUCGGCUGCUGGAGCUCUGUGACGUCCUUCAUUCCAGGUCUAGAGGGUGCAGCUAUCUUGUCCGACUGCGAUAUCCGCCGCGACGUAUCCAAAUACAUAGUGUACAAGAACUCGAAAAUCAUGAAGCAAGGAUGCCUAGACAUCUUGGACGAAUGGACUGACGAUUAUGUUGCUCUCCUCAUCGGAUGCUCGUUCAGUUUUGAGUCUGCCCUGAUCGUGGCUGGUCUUCCUCCCCGACAUACAGCUUUGAAUCGAAAUGUGCCCAUAUACCGGACGAACAUUCCGCUUUGUCCCGCUGGCGUCUUUACGGGAAGUACAUACGUCGUGUCUAUGAGAUCUUACAAGGCUUCGGAGGUGGAGAAGGUGCGAGAGAUAACGAGGCCCUACACAGCGACGCAUGGAGAACCUAUCGCAUGGGGCUGGGGUGCGGUCAAGCGAUUGGGUAUUGAGGAUAUCGACGCACCGACUUGGGGCGAGCCGCCGUUAACGCAAGAUGGGAGGCCGCUGGGUGAGGUGGAGGGGAAGGAUCACGAUGUUCCCGUUUUCUGGGGGUGCGGCGUCACUCCGAUGGAAGCAGUGGCGAGGUCUGGAUUGGAGGGAGUCGUCAUGACACACGAUCCUGGUCAUAUGCUUCUCUUGGACUGUCGCGAUUCUGAUAUAGUGCCGGCUGCUUGUGUUGCAUAG